AUGUUCACUUACCCCCGAGGCGGGCACUUCGCGGCUCGAAGCGAGAUGAACGCGUGGCAGAGCGAAGCGGAAGUAAGGAGCAGCACGCGGCCGCACCGCUCAACCCUGCAACCACAACUGAUUUUCCAGCGCGAAAACUUCCCUCGAACGCGUCAUCACUCACCCCAUUCCCGCUCCAGCCAAUCAUCUGUGGGCGACACGGUCGAAGCCUACCGGUGCUGGCCGAUGUCCCCCGAACGCUGGGGUGGCGAUUGGAUCUUUUAA